GCACAAAGACACAGUCAACCUUUUCUUUUGUUUGCACCCCUUUUCUUUGUCAGCAGGUGCAUCAUUUGUUUGCCACCAACCAACGUCUAUUAAAACUAUCUAAGCCUUUACAUCAAAUGAUGCUAAAUUGACUGGGUAAGCAUCUGCCAAUCACGGGACAAUCCAUGGGCGUAUUAUGUUAAUGUAGCAUCCCUCGUUUGUACUGUAAACUGCCACACUUUUUAUUUCGUUUUUGCACUUGUGCGUGGCCCUUUAAGAACUCCAUAUUGCCCAUGUGAUGCGUCAACACGGAGAGAGCGGAGGAUGAUGCUAUUAUGUAAAAAAAACAUGGUUCGAUAAAAGUAACCGAGAGUGUUUCUCAGUAAUUAAUACCUCUGAAUACUUGUCUUUGUGUUUUCUGAGUUUUGAGUGAGCGCAACGAAGAAUGAAGACUGAGUAGACCUUGUACAUUUAGUUGAUCCGUAGAGGACUAGAGGCUCGGCUCAACUCAACUGGAUACAGAUACUACGACGCAACUCACUCCAGCCUAUGUUUUCAUAUCCAUAAAAACAUCUACACCCAUGGCACACGGAGCUUGGCAUUGAGCAGGAUCUGAAUGGAAGCGUGUGAUGACCCAUGCGCGUCAGAGGGCACCUCUGUGGCGACACUGGAGUGAACACUGGGACCAGGUGGGCAGCCCCACACAUGCUGAAACCAUGGGCCGCGUCUGGCCCAAGAGCCCGAGGCAAGAGCAGCGGACCCCGACCAAGACCAAGGCCAAGGCCAAGCUCCGACAGAGUCGGGCCAAAGAGCGAGAGAGGGAGGCGAAGGAUCUGAGCGGGGAGCUGGACAGGAAGAUGUACCCUCUGCGGGGCCGACUGGGCCUGGGCGACCUUGGCACGCGCAACUGCAGCGUGGUGCUCACCCGGCUGGAGGAGAGCGAGGGCCAGACGGCCGCCGGGGGCAAGCACCGGAGGGGCCAGGGCAACAAGCCAAGGAGCGGUGGCUGCGAGCGGUCAGGAGGGAGGACCAAGCCCUGCAAGUGCCGAAAGAAAGGCUGCAAAGCCUGCUGCUGGCCACGGGCACCGACAAUGCUGCCGCUGCCGCCACAAGCGCCACAACGGCCACCGCAACUACCAAAAAACAAAUCAGAAUUACCUGCUCCCAAAUCAGAAUUACCUGCUCCCGAAUCGGAAUUCCCUGCCUUAUGCUUCCCCCCGGAGCCCAUCCAGGAGCCCCGCAAGCGCAGGCUGGCCUCGCUCAACGCUGAGGCGGUCAACAGCCUGCUUUUGGACAGAGACGACCCCCAGCAGGCGUCCAGACUUGCAAAGAAGCAGCAACAGCAACUACAACAACUGCAGCAGCAGCAGCAGCAGCAGCAGCAGCAGCAGCAGCAGUGUUCCUCUUUGAAAGGGGAAUGUGCUUAUCUGGCUAAAGACCCAGCUAAGGAAGCAGGCAGCUCCAAAAGGGCAGCUCAUGGCAGAAAGAGGACGCCAGACUCCGAGGGGUGUCCGGGUCCCAAAAAACACAAAAAGGCCAAGCUGGACACGGAGGAAGUGGACCAGCUGAGUUUGGACAGCCCCACGCCGCGGCGCCUGGCAGGCCUGAACGCGGCCGCUCUCCUUAGGCUCACUAGCACAUCCGCCGGAGUCAAGCGGCGCGGCAAAACAGACAGCAAGCUGGGGGGUGGAACCGUGCGAGGUAAACAACAACAACAACAACAACAACAACAGCAACAACAGCAGCAGCAGCAGCAGCAGCAACACCACCAUCACCAUCACCAUCACGUAUCCAAAUCGCAAAAGCAUCGGCUCAAGUUGCACCAACACCCUCCUAUCCAGCAACAGCAGCAGCAGGUGCUUCAGAGGUGUUGCAGCCUCUGCAAGAAGGAGGCCUACCAGCAGGAGGCGCUGUGGGAAGGCAAGGCAGGGGGCCACGGCUACAUCCGGCCGGGCUUCCAGUGCCGCUCCAUGCUGAGCUACCCGCUGAAGCAGGUGAAGGAGGAGCAGACGGAGACGGAGAUCAACCCUCCUUACUACUGCUGCUCCCCAGAGCGCUCGGUGGAGUACUGCCACCGGCUGGCACUCUUCCUGGACCAGAAGCCGUACACGGAGGCGGACGAGCAUUCCCUGCCCCCCGUCAAGGGCUUCCUCGCGCACCCGGCGACACUGGCCAUCAACGCCCACCCGUACCCGUGCUACUCGGGCUACUACGUCCACAUCGCCCACCACGGGGCGUCCUCGCCCCCCAUCAGCGCCGCGCCGGUCCCCUACCCGCCCUCCUCCGUGGCCCCCAUCACGCUGUGCAACAGCACGGGCCAGAGACCCAAGCUGCUGCCCCCGUCCUCCGUGUCCCACUCGCCGCCGGGCAUCCCGCACCCGGCCUACUGCAGCUCGGUGGGGGCCUGCUACGGGGGCGAGACGUGUCGCAUGGGGCCCUACGCCUACCGGACUUCGCAGCACCUCCAGGCGCGCGGAUGCUCCUACAGCUCCGACUGCUCGAGCUGCAACCGCAAGAUCAAGAUGGAGGACUACCCGUACCCUCUGGAGGAGCACAGCCCGUCCAUCCCCGUCUCGCCCCCGCUGCCCCUCUCCGUCUGCCCCAUGCCCAGCGUGCCGUCGCCCUCCCCGCAGUCGGUCCCUCACCUCCAGACGCCCCUCUCCGACUCGGCCGGUCCCCCCCAGGGUCAGCUGCGGGUGGCGCGGGAGUGCCCCCAGAGCGCCAAGCCCCCGAGCGGCUCGCGGUCAGGCUCCGGCGUGCGCAACAGCGCCCCCUCCCUAGGGGUCUGCCCGCACAGGAAGGACAAGCAGCUGGGGCCGAGCAGUGCCAGCGGGACUGGCGGCAAGCAGCAGAAGAUCUCGCGUCGCCGGGCAACCAACGGAUGGCUUCCUGUCGGCGUGGCGACUGAAAAGGAGGUGUUUGUCGUGGGUGAGGAGACCAUGGUCCUGCGUAGGUGUUACGACGCCGUGCAGAGGGCUGGUGAGGUGAUCCGUGUCAGGGACACGGUGCUGCUCCGCUCGGGCCCCAGGAAGAAGUCCCUGCCCUACGUGGCCAAAGUCUCUGCCUUUUGGGAGGACCCCGAAUCUGGAGAGAUGAUGAUGAGCCUGUUUUGGUACUAUCGCCCAGAGCACACUCAGGGGGGCCGCAAUCCCAGCAUGCACUGUGAGAAUGAGAUUUUUGCGUCCCGCCAUCAGGAUGAAAACAGCGUGGCCUGCAUUGAAGACAAGUGCUACGUGUUGACUUUAGCUCAGUACUGUAGAUUUUGUGCCUUGGUGAAGCGUCACGCCGACGGUCUCCCCAAAAGUUCCCCCGUAGUGCCGCCUUCCCAGGGGUACUCCGUGCCCUCGCACCGCCGCGUACCCGCCAACGUGGACCCCGAGCUGGUCUUCGUCUGCCGCCACGUCUACGACUUCCGCUACGGACGGCUCCUGAAGAACCUGCAGUAGCGCUGGAGAGAGGGGGAUGGGUGGGCGGGGGUGAGGAGAGCUUUGAAAGAGAGAGAGAGAGUAAGAAAAAGAGAGAGAGAGAACGUACAAGAAAGAGAGUGAUGAAGAUGGACAGAAUGCAAGAGGUAUUCAACAAUGAAUAGUUGUAGUCUGCUCACAAGUGAGUGAGUGAAAGAGUGAGAGAAAGAGUGAGAGAGAGAAAGUGAUGGGUUAAAGUGGAAUCCAGGGAACAGAGUUUUGGUUUGAUGGCUCUUUCACUUAACUGGGCAGAUUUGUAUCCCCAUCGUUGGACUUCUGGAUUUUUUUACAAUGAGAGUCACACAUUAUGAAUUUAGAUUAAAUAUGAGGCACAAAUACUUUUACAUGCAAAAUGCCAUAAUAUUAUAAUAGUUGGAGAGUCAACCUACUUGUUGAUAUAUUUAUUUGGUUUGUGGAUAGUAAUUAUUUUUAAGCCAGCCCGAGCACUUGUCAGAAGUGAAGGUACAAUUAUAAUUGACUACAGGUCUUGACAUUCUUUCUCCUUGUGUAAAUUGUCCCAUACUGGAUCUAGUACAUUGAGAUCUAUUUAUUUAUGAGAGGUUAGAAAAUGUAUUUAUUUUUUGAAAAGUAAUUUAAGAUUAUAAAGAUUGGUUUCUUGUAUUUUGGAAAAGGAAACAAAUACAGUAGAUCUUCAUUCCUUAAUUGCUCUUGUUCAUGACUGAGAAGGAAGCCCAACAUGUUACCCCCCCCCCACAUUACAUGGGAGUAGUGGUGACCAGAGACUUUUGAACUGGAGGACCAAAUAUCCCAGGGUUCAGUGGACUGACAUUGCAGGAAGCGGUCCGUAUGGGGCCCCCUUCCAUCCAUCCUGUACCCUUCAUACCAUGUCUGAUCGACCAAUGAGAUGAAGGUGUGGUCUGUUAAUGCUCCAAUCCUCCAUGGCCCUGUGAUUUGCCUUAUGACUCUAUAGGUGAAGCUUUAGGAAGUGUCACACUCAAGCCCCUCUACCUUCAACCCAACC